UAUAUUAUUAGGGAAACACAGAGACUCAUUCACACACUCAAAACCACUCUUCUAUUCUCUUUCCAUUGUUUUCAAUGGCUGAAGAAGCCAAAGCUAAAGGCAACGCCGCAUUCUCCUCCGGCGACUUCUCAUCCGCCAUCACCCACUUCUCCGACGCCAUCUCACUUGCCCCAACCAACCACGUCCUCUACUCCAACCGAUCCGCCGCCUAUGCUUCUCUCCACAAAUACGCUGAAGCCUUAACCGACGCUAAGAAGACCGUCGACCUUAAACCUGACUGGUCCAAAGGCUACAGCCGUCUCGGAGCCGCUCACAUCGGCUUAGGUCAUUUUGACGAAGCCGUUUCCGCUUACAAGAAAGGUCUCGAGAUUGACCCUAACAAUGAAGCCCUCAAGUCUGGCUUAGCCGAUGCCCAAUCUUCGGCUUCGAGGUCCCGUUCCGCUCCGCCGCCGACGAAUCUUUUUGGAGAUGCUUUCUCUGGUCCUGAGAUGUGGGCUAAGCUCACGGCUGAUCCGACGACUCGGCCUUAUCUUCAACAGCCUGAUUUUGUUAAGAUGAUGCAGGAACUUCAGAAAAACCCUAGCAAUCUUAACCUUUAUCUCAAGGAUCAGCGAGUGAUGCAAGCUCUUGGGGUUUUGCUUAACGUGAAGUUUCGUAAUUCGACUGGGGAUGAUAUGGAUAUGCCUGAGGCUUCGUCUUCGCCGCCUCCACCUGAGAGGAAGCGCUCCGCUGAGGCUGACCCGCCCAAGGAGGAGAAGGAGUCUGAGCCUGAGCCGAUGGAGGUGAGUGAGGAGGAGAAGGAAAAGAAGGAGAGGAAGGCUGAGGCCCAGAAGGAGAAAGAUGCUGGUAAUGUCGCUUACAAGAAGAAGGACUUUGAUACAGCGAUUCAGCAUUACACCAAGGCCAUAGAUUUAGAUGAUGAGGAAAUUUCAUACAUCUUGAACCGUGCUGCAACUUAUCUGGAGAUGGGCAAGUAUGAUGAAUGUAUUAAAGACUGUGAAAAAGCUGUUGAGAGGGGUAGAGAGCUUAGAUCAGAUUUCAAGAUGAUAGCCAAGGCUUUGACUAGGAAAGGCACUGCUUUUGUAAAAAUGGCUAAAACCUCGAAGGACUAUGAACCUGCUAUUGAGAGUUUCCAGAAAGCUCUUACUGAGCAUCGCAACCCAGAUACAUUAAAGAAACUAAAUGAUGCUGAGAAAGCUAGGAAGGAGCUGGAGCAGCAAGAGUAUUUUGAUCCCAAAUUGGCUGAUGAAGAGCGUGAGAAAGGAAACGAGUUUUUCAAAGAACAAAAAUACCCGGAAGCUAUCAAGCAUUACACCGAGUCUUUGAGAAGAAAUCCCAAAGACCCAAAGGCAUAUAGUAAUAGAGCUGCUUGCUACACAAAACUUGGUGCCCUUCCCGAGGGUUUGAAGGAUGCAGAGAAGUGUAUUGAGCUCGAUCCUACAUUUUCAAAGGGCUAUACCAGAAAGGGUGCUGUGCAAUUCUUCAUGAAGGAAUAUGACAAAGCUUUGGAGACAUACCAGCAGGGUUUGAAACAUGACCCUCAAAACCAGGAGUUACUUGAUGGUGUUAGAAGAUGCGUCGAUCAAAUUAACAAGGCUGGUCGUGGAGAUUUGACUCCUGAUGAAUUGAAAGAGAGACAGGCCAAAGGAAUGCAGGACCCAGAAAUCCAGAACAUCCUCUCAGAUCCCGUUAUGAGACAGGUAUUGAUUGACUUCCAGGAAAAUCCAAAGUCUGCCCAAGAGCACACCAAGAACCCUAUGGUGAUGGCCAAGAUUCAGAAGCUGGUCAAUGCGGGAAUUGUCCAGAUUAGAUGAAAAAAAUUAUCCAAUUCUUAUGAAACAUGAAGAAAAAAGCUUUGUCAUUAUUUUCUGUUUGUACUCUUUUCUAGUGUGAAUUCGAGUGAUUAAUUGUCCAAAGCUACUCAGUUGAAAAAUUUUGAGAUCCUUAUUGGUUUCACAUAUAUUGCUUAGAAAUGUUGGUUUUGAACUCUUUUAA